GCCCCGCCGUUGCGCGAGCCCGCGGGGAACCGGGGGCGCGGGGAGCGGCUCCGCGCCGCGCCGUGCCCGCCCGCCGGCAUGGGGCUGCCGGGCCUCGCCCUGCUGCUGGCUGCGGGGCUGCUGCACGCCCAGCCCACCGCCCCGCCGCGCUCCUUCCAGCUGGACUACGAGCAGGACUGCUUCCGCAAGGACGGCGCCCCUUUUCGCUACAUCUCGGGCAGCAUCCACUACGCCCGCGUCCCGCACCCCGCCUGGCGCGACCGGCUGCUCAAGAUGUACAUGAGCGGGCUCAGCGCCGUGCAGGUCUACGUGCCCUGGAACUACCACGAGCCGCUGCCGGGGGUGUACGACUUCGCUGGGGACCGGGACGUGGAAGCCUUCCUGGACCUGACAGCGGAGCUGGGGCUCCUGGUGAUCCUGCGGCCGGGGCCCUACAUCUGUGCCGAGUGGGAGAUGGGCGGCCUGCCUGCCUGGCUGCUGUGGAAAUCAGACAUCGUCCUGCGCUCCUCCGACCCCGCCUUCCUGGCAGCCGUCGAUUCCUGGCUCCACGUCCUGCUCCCCAAGAUCAAGCCUCGGCUCUACCAGCACGGGGGGAACAUCAUCAGCGUGCAGGUGGAGAACGAAUACGGGAGCUACUACGCCUGCGACUACGACUACCUGCGGCACCUGCUGGGCUCCUUCCGAGCGCUGCUGGGCGGCGAGGCGCUGCUCUUCACCACCGACGGCGCGCAGGCAGAGGAGCUGCGCUGCGGCACCCUGCAGGGGCUGUACGCCACCGUCGACUUUGGGCCAGACUCCAACGUGACGGAGGCGUUCGGUGCGCAGCGCAGCGUCGAGCCGAGGGGGCCCCUGGUGAACUCCGAGUACUACACGGGCUGGCUGGACUACUGGGGGGGCGCGCACGCCAGCACCAGCGCCGCGCAGGUGGCCCGGGGGCUCGCCGACAUGCUGCGGCUGGGAGCCAAUGUCAACAUGUACAUGUUCCACGGGGGCACCAACUUCGCCUACUGGAGCGGUGCUGACUUAAAGGCCCAGUACAAACCAGUGACCACCAGUUACGACUACGAUGCACCGCUCUCGGAGGCCGGAGACCCCACGGAGAAGCUGUUUGCCAUCCGCACGGUCAUCAGCAAGUUCCAGCCCCUGCCCGUGGGCCCGAUGCCCCCCGCCACCCCCAAGUAUGCCUACGGCCGGGUGGAUCUGCGCAAGUAUGCUGAUCUCCUGGACGUCCUGGAUGUCCUGUCCCCCUCUGGGCCCAUCCUCAGCCAGUUCCCCCUCACUUUCGAGGCCAUAAAGCAGGCCCAUGGCUUUGUGCUGUACCACACGCAGCUGCCCCGCGACGUCCCGGCCCCGGCCCCGCUGAGCGCUCCUCCCCACGGUGUCUGCGACCGUGGCUACGUGAUGCUGCAGAAG